CAUUAGUCGAGAAAACUAUCUUGUUUUUUUGUAGAGAAUAGUCAAAUUCUACUAUGCAAUGACACAAAAGAAGAAAAAUAUUUUCUGCACAAGUCUAUGCACUUCUUCAGUUCUUCUAUUUAAUUAAGAUUAUAUCAGAAACAUUUCAAAUGUGGAAGCUCUGAGCCGGUUUAUUCAAAAGUGUCAGUUGUUUUAGGCCCUUCCCAAAUCUUGCUCUGUUCACCUCUCUGUUAAUAUUUUUAAACAUUCUAGUACAGACGCACAGUUUGAAAGCCAUGGAAAGUAAUGAUGAUGACUACACAAAAGAUGGGACGGUCAAUUACCAAGGAAAGCCGGCAAAUAAGAAAAUAACUGGAACUUGGAAGGCCUGCCCUUUUAUUUUAGGAAAUGAGUGUUGUGAAAGAUUGGCCUACUAUGGGAUGAGCUCCAAUCUGGUUCUUUAUUUCAAGCAUCGACUGCAUCAGCACAGUGCUACUGCCUCUAGAAAUAACUUGAAUUGGAGUGGAACUUGCUACAUAACGCCCUUGAUUGGAGCAUUUAUAGCCGAUUCAUAUCUGGGAAGAUACAGAACUAUUGCCGUUUUCUCAAUCAUCUACGUAAUUGGGAUGUCAUUGUUGACAAUGUCAGCCUCAAUCCCAGGCCUAAGGCCAACCUGUUAUUCAAAAGACGACUGUCGUGCCACAGAUGCAGAAAGUGCAGUUUUCUUUUUAGCUCUUUACAUAGUGGCGCUAGGAACCGGUGGGAUCAAGCCUUGCGUUUCAUCCUUUGGAGCAGAUCAGUUUGAUGAUGAUGAUGAAGUUGAGAAGAAACAAAAGUCUUCUUUUUUCAAUUGGUUUUAUUUUGUGAUCAACAUUGGUGCUCUUAUUGCCAGCUCUGUUCUGGUUUGGGUGCAAGAGAAUGUGAGUUGGGGAUUAGGCUUUGGCAUUCCAGCAGUGGCCAUGGGAAUUGCUGUGAUAAGCUUCUUUUCGGGCACUCGUUUGUAUAGGAACCAAAAACCUGGAGGCAGCCCUCUUACCCGCCUUGCUCAGGUGAUGGUGUCAGCCUUCCGAAAAUAUAAUGUUCCAGUGCCUCUUGAUAGGACUCAGUUGUAUGAGACUGCAGAUGCUGAGUCCAACAUCAAAGGAAGCCGAAAGCUUGAUCACACAGAAGACUUAAAGUUCUUUGACAAAGCAGCAGUAGUGACACAAACGCAGCAGGCAAAGGACUCAGCAGUGAACCCAUGGAGACUUUGCACAGUCACACAAGUGGAGGAGCUAAAGGGCAUAAUACGUUUGCUUCCUAUAUGGGCCACUGGCAUAACGUUUUCUGCAGUCUACAGUCAGAUGGGCAGCCUGUUCGUCUUGCAAGGAGAAACAUUGGAUGCCAGCAUGGGCCCUCACUUCGAGAUCCCAUCGGCCUCUCUCUCAAUCUUUGACACCCUCAGUGUCAUUAUUUGGAUACCAAUCUACGACAGAAUCAUAGUCCCAACAACCCGAAGAUACACAGGCCACAAGAACGGCUUAACUCAGCUUCAGAGAAUGGGAGUUGGCCUUGUCAUCUCCAUCUUGGCCAUGUUAGCUGCAGGAACCUUGGAGCUUAUAAGGCUUGACAUUGUGAAAAGAAAUAACUUUUAUGACUAUGACCACAUUCCCAUGUCCAUAUUCUGGCAAAUACCACAGUAUUUCCUUAUUGGUUGUGGUGAAGUUUUCUUCUUCGUUGGACAAAUGGAGUUCUUCUAUAUGGAAGCUCCAGAUGCAAUGAGGAGCUUGUGUUCAGCUCUGGCACUCACCACAGUGGCUCUUGGUAACUACGCGAGCUCUCUGCUUGUGACUAUUGUGACCAAAGUGAGUACAAAGCAUGGAAGAUUGGGUUGGAUACCAGACAAUUUGAACCGUGGUCACCUCCAUUACUUCUUCUUGUCGUUAGCAAUACUUAGUGUGGUGAAUUUGGGAGCUUUUCUUGUGAUAUCAAAGUGGUAUACGUAUAAGAGGCCCGUGGGAACUCUCCGUUGAUGCAUGACAUUGGCAAUUUAAUUGAUAAGUGAAGAAAGCAAUUAAGUGCUUGUAUCUGGUCUUAAAUGUUUUUCCACAUAAUGGAUCCUUCUUUUUGAAA